AUGGAGGCCUGCUGGGGAUGGUGCCACCACACGUGCGUCUGCUGCCUGUCCGAGGAGGAGAGGAGGUCCGUCGCCGUGGACAAGGAGAUCAAGAGGAUCCUCCGCCAGCAGAAGAAGUUGGAAAGAAGGGAAAUCAAAGUUCUUCUCUUGGGCACUGGGGAGAGUGGAAAGACCACCUUCAUCCGACAAAUGAGGAUCAUCCAUGGCAGGGGCUUCUCUGAGGAAGAGAGGAAGGCGUUUGCCAAAUGUAUUUUCCAGAACAUCUUCACAGCCAUUAAGGCCAUGACCGGAGCCAUGACCACCCUCAAGAUCCCCUACUCCAACGCACAAAACGAGAUGUAUGCGAAGUGGAUCCAGGACGUGGACGCAGUGCAGGUGAGCCAGCUGGAGAGGGGCUAUGUCGACGCCAUCCGCCGCCUCUGGGCCGACUCCGGCAUACGGGUCUGUUACGAGCGUCGCAGCGAGUACCAGCUCCUAGACUCCACAGAGUACUACAUGACUAAUCUGGACCGGAUAGCUACUCCGGACUACAUUCCCACUGCACAGGAUGUCCUCCGAGUUCGGUUCCCCACCACAGGCAUCCACGACUACUCUUUCAACGUCAAGACCAUCACGCUCAGGAUUGUGGAUGUGGGCGGUCAGAAGUCGGAGCGCCGGAAGUGGAUUCAUUGUUUUGAGAACGUCACCUCCCUCAUCUUUCUGGCCUCCCUCAGCGAAUAUGACCAGGUGCUGGAGGAGAGAGAGACAGAUGUGAGUGCCCUACAUCUACCUCCAUUUCAGCCCUCCACCAACAGGUCUCACUGUUGA